AUGUCAAAAGUGGAUGAAUAAUUUCAUCUAUAAUCCUUAAUAAAAAAUGUUAAAACCAAAUAGAGUUUAAAAAAUGCAACUCAUCAAACUCCAACAUGUUUAAUAAUCAUAGGGAAUAUUUUGCUUGGAAUUCGAAUUGUGUUGUAGUAUAUCAUUUCAAUUCUGAGGAAUGCUAAAAGAAAAAGGACACCUGCUCUUUAUAUCUUGAUGAGUAAGUUUGUAAAUCAAGGAUACUGUUAUUGGGAUAAUAAUAAUGAGUAAUGCAAAGAUAAUGACCCAUCACUUACUUGUUAGAUAGAAGAAUAAGUGAUUUAUAAAUUAAAAAACCUUAUACAUGAAAAUUGUGAAUCCUUUAACUCUAAAAGCACAAUUGCUUAUAACACAAAAGGAUGCGUUGAGUUACAAAAAGAGUGCUAUUUAAACUAAUAAUGCAUAUAAACAUUAAAUUAAGAUGGGAGUGUUGGAAAAGGUUGUUAAAAUACUCCUAAUUCAUGCUUUGAAAUUAUGGUUAGAAUUUAUCAUAAACUCAUAAUAAUCCUUUCAUAUGUAAUGUUAUAUUAACUAUUGAAAGAAAGAGAUUUCUUUACAUUAAUAAAACAGUUAAAGAAGCAUAAAUAGAAAAUCUAUCAACAACGCAUAAUGAUCCAUUAUAUGAGAUUACGGUUCAAUUUAUAGAGCCCGUAAAAAUUCUGUGUUUAGAUAGAAUUGGCUUAAUUGAUUAUUAAAAAUUAAUUCGAAUUAGAUUUGGUAAGAAAGUAGAUCUAAAUCAAUCUAGGCAAUCCUUUUGUAAUAUCUGAAAAUACCAAGUAAAAGGUAACAUAAAUUAUGCUUCUUAAUGAUAUUAUGAUUUACUUUAUGAUUGGUAUAUCUGGAUUAUCAUUACAAACAGGAAAUGCUAUAAUGCUUUUUAAUUUAUUAGAUCUAUUAUAAUCAUUAUCCUAUAUUAAAUCUAUGUAGUAUUCUUUUCCACCUCAUUUUCUGUAAUUUUUGAAUACAUAUACUAAAGUAUCGCUAUAACCAAUAUUAGAGCUUUUUUAAAUAGAGGAAUUGUUUAGAUCUUUAAAUGGGAAAAGUUUAACAUUCAAAAGUAUCAGUUAAUCAAUUUAAAUUUAAGCAAAUCCAUUAAAUUAAUUUUAUCUAUUAGAUGCUUAAGAUCGUUACUUUUCUAUUUUAUGUUCAUUAACAGCUUAUUUUAUUUCCGUAUUUUAUGGAAUUUUUUAGAUAUAAAGAGAUUUGCUUUUAUUUAAUCUAAAUAAAAUAUAAAUAAUUUAGUAUUUUGUAAAGAAAUAGUUCUCUAUAAUACUGUUCUCGAUCUUUCUGAAGUUGCUUUAAAAAUAAUUAAUAUAAAUUUUUAAUUAACUUUGUGAAUUUUUUGCAUAGACUUUUUGA